AGCUUACAUAGGGUUACUUGGCCUUUGCUGGGUCAUGGCCUGUGAAUUGUUCAGGCUGACCAGUUCAAGGCGUGAGGUUUUGCUAUGCCGGCCAAGCGGCCUGUGCCGUUGACCGAUGCAGCUUUGGGCCACAAGAGUGAAGCCACGGGCGAGCUGACGAAUCAGUCGGCCAUCGGGGAGACCAAUGCUGGUGUGCCUUUGCCAGUGAAGAACACGUUCAUCGAUGUGCCCUCCGGUUUUUCUCCCACGACCACUCCGACAGAUGCCCAGCCGGUGAGCACUGCACCAGCGCAGGUGCACUUUCAGCAGGGCUUCCUGAAGAGGGCGGUGCUGGAGUCAGUCGAGGAGAGCUCAGCUGCUCCUUCCAAUGGGCCCUCACAAGGCGCAUCAGCCAAGGGCCCACCAUCAGUGCGGUCCAACUUUGGUGGUAGCGCUUUUCCGGCAACGCCGCUUAUGACACCAUCACCGACUGGCACAUCAUUCUUUUCUGAGAGCAGGUACCAGCUUUUUGGAGGGCCUUCGCCGUUGAAGGAGGGCAUCUCAGCGGCUCCGGGAGCCGGUCCACCCGCUUUGGCCGGCGACGCCUACCGCCCGCCUGGCGAGGCAUAUCGACCGGGCGGCGCAGGCGCCCCCGGCGGGUUGCUGCUGUCCGUGCCGCCGCCGGGCCAAGCCAAUCAGGGGGCCUACGGCUUCGUGCGGGAGCCCAUCUCUGGCGCUUUGGGCUCGGAGGUGGCGCGCCUGGCGCUGGGCAAGGCGGACAGCGACGAGGAGGACGCUGACUCCGAGGCAGAGCGACAGCAGGCGCAGAUGGCAGCAGCUGGCCGGACGGUGGAAACUGCACCGAAGCCCCCGCCUGGUGCCGUGCACCCGUCAUUGGGCUCAGCAUUCCAUGAGAGUGGCAACUGCAAGAGAUGCUGCUUCUUCCCCCGCAACAGGUGUUUGAAUGGCUACGAGUGCGAGUUUUGCCACUACGAGCACGAGAAGCGCAAAAGAAAGAACAAGAAGAACAAGAAGAAGAAGGCCGGUGAGCACAUGGAUGACUACUUCGCUGAUGGCGGAAACAUGCUGAGGCCCGAUCUGGGUUGGCCCCCCGCAGCGCCUGCGCUCCAUCCCGGCCCGCACCCCGCGCCCUUUGUGGAGGGGCCUCUCACCUACCAGUGGACCGACGGGCUCCCCGGGCAGACCCCGCCACCCCCGGUGCUCCCGGGCUACGACGAGUACGUGGCCGCCUGCUGCCGGCGGAGCUUGGGUCAGGAGCCCCCGGCCCUGGCCACCAACCCGCCGCCCAAGCAGCAGCAGUACCUGGAGGCUGACCGCGCCUACGGCUUCGACCCCGGUCCAUUUCCUCCCCUGGGAUUGGAUCCCGCUGCUGCCCCGUGGGUGCCCCCACUCUCCCCGCCAUAUCCCCCGUACGGCGCAAGCGGGCGAUCCGAGAUGUCCUACCCGCCACCAGACACGUCGCGGCUGGGCACUCUGGGAACCUCGCCGGAUCCAAACGAGAAGGCGAAUCAGAGCGGGCCUGAAAUGGAGGGCUUGGACUCUCACAAGCGGCCUUUGAAGCUCGACACAACCACCGGCCGAGCGCAGGAGAUGCCGCCCAACAUGCCCCCCCCGGACUCGUCCCCCAAGUUGAGCACAGAUCUUAUGGCGACUCUACAGCAGAGCACGCCCCCGCAGCCAGAUGAGAGCCCCACCUAGGCAGAAAUAUGACCUCAGGAUUGUUCAAUGCG